CAGAUUGGCUCCAGAAAUACAGGUAGAUUGCCACCUUCCACAGCCACCUUCCAUCCCCUGGUCUGACUGAACUUGAAGAAGACCUAGGAUUCAUAUUGGUCACCAGUUUCCCGGCUUGAGCUGCACAGGAUGGACAGCAAUUUGAAGACACUUGUUCUUAACAUCCUUGAGAACCUUUUAGAGGAGGAUUUGGUAAAGUUCAAGUUCCAACUCACAAACAUACCUCUUGCCGAGGGAUACAACUACAUUCCUCGGGGCACUCUCGAACAAGCACCCCGAGUGAGACUUGCUGACCUACUGACACAGUACUAUGGGGAAGAAUAUGCCAAGACUGUGACUCAGGAGGUCCUGAAAGCCAUAGACCAGCGCGGCCUAGCAGAGAAGUUCUGUCAGUCAGUGGGAAAAGCUGGAUCUUCCACUGAUAAAGGUGAAAAAAAUAGAAAGAGGAAGACAGAGAAUAAAGCAGGACCAGAUGAAGAUAAAAGGCAACCACCAAUGAAACAGAAAUUAAUAUCUAUCUUUAACAAAAAGAAAACACCCAGUGAAUCUGCUUCUUGUCCCAAAGAUCCUCCAUCAAGGAAUAAUGAGGAAUAUCAACACUUUCUUGACUUCAUCAGGCGGAUUAAUCUGGAAAGUUAUUAUCCCAAGAAGAUGACCAAAGUCAAUACUCUUUUGAUAAACAAGACCUCCCUCCACGGUGCUCAACCAAGAGCUGAGGAGGAGCUACCAUUUUGUUUUCUAGAGAAACUUUUGGUAUUAGAUUAUCAUUUCCGAUACCUAAUUUACAGAGGCAAUAUAGAUACAAUAUCUACUGUGUCCCAGACACAGAGAACCACAGACCUAGAAAGACCAUUUGAGGAAUUUUUCAUUAUCAAGAAAACACAAUCAACUAUAAAACAAACUUGCAUCCACCCAAUGGAUAUACAAAUGGCAAUUUUUCACUGUGCAGAUGACUUUACAAGACAGUAUAUUUUAACAAAACUUUCCAUUUGUCAAUUUGCUCUCCCACUUUUUGUGCCAAAUCCUUAUGAUUCCUCCAUUGAAUUUCCUCUUUGGUCUCUCAAGCAAAUCAGGAGAAGCUGGAGAGAGGUGACAAAAAUAGGAUGGGAGAAAAAAAUUAAGAAUUAUAAUAACCAGCUGAUCAGUUCGCAACCUACACACAUUGUAUCUUUCAUAAGAGUUGGAAAUUAUGUCUCUACUUCCAAAUCACAGAUUUUGAAUUCACUCCUGAGUAAAGGCAAACAUGACCAUUUUUUUCAUCAUCAUUCUAGGGAAGACAAUAAUAGGUGUCUAUUGAUAGAAGGUAUGGUGGAAAUCUGCUGGUUCUGCCCAGGUGGAAGAGCUGAGGACAGAUUUGAAAAUUGUAUUGCCUUCACCAAUCUCCAUGGAAAUGCUGAAAUACACGAGAAGCAAGUUAGGUUUCUGCAAGAGGUAUCCUCGAUCACUAUCAUCCUCUUGUCAACUUCGGAUUUUGACAAAACGAAUAAUUCCCUUCUACUUAAACUUUGGAAUUCACCCAAACCUCUCAUCUGUUUGUUUGAAAAUGUAGAAAAUAUUAUGGAUGAGCAUUCUGCUCACAAAGUGAGAAUUGGGAUCAAGAAUUUAAAUAAGAUAGAAUUAGCUGAUAAAAUUACUGCUACAAUAACACAGUUGCUGAAAAAGUCAGGAUCUCCUUACACUUUGAGUAACUGGGCCGACAUUGCUAGGAAGUAUGAAUUUAUUAUUGAUGAGGAUCAAACAAACUGCCAAGAAGCAAGGAAAAAAAUAGACAUCCUUAUGGACAUCUUGAGAAAAGUGAAAUUAUCUGAGAUAAAGGAAAAGUUACUACCUCUUCAGGGAGGUCUAUGGCAUGAUUGGUGUAAGAAGGACAAGGAACUCCAUCAGCUGAGAGAAAAAGGAAACAGGAGCAUUGAAGAAUACAAGAAAGAGAUUGAGGAGGAAAAGCAGAAAAUACGCUGUGGACAGUAUCACAAAGUUAUUAACCUUAGUGACCUGAUGAAGUCUCUGCUUGAAGGUCUUCAAUCACACCCAGAGACCCACACAGAACUCUACUUUCUGCAGGGGCUGAGUUUGUUAAUGGACCAAUUAACCACCAGAGAGUUAGAAAAAGCACACCAGAGGCACAGUUCCCUCUUGGCUCAGGUGCGAACAGAGAAGCAGAAGCAGUCAAAGAGAGACUCCCUCAGACACUGGGAGGCUGACCUACAAGCUGUUUCCAAAGAGAUCAGUGACUCCACCCUGGGAGUUGAGCAUCUCCUGAGAGAGGUGGGCCAGAUCUAUGAGGCUCUGGAAGAAGCUUCCUCCCAAACAAAUACACUAUUUCUCUCCCUUCCCCAAAUGGCUGCUGAUCUGAUGAUAUCUGGUGUGCCCAUUGAGUUGAUGGAUGGAGAUGCAUCUUAUGUGCCCCUGAAGUGGGUGGCAGCUGUUUUGGACAAGGUCUCUGAGAAACUUGGAGACAAACGGGUGUUUGUUCUCUCUGUUCUUGGCCUGCAGAACACAGGGAAGUCCACUCUGUUGAAUGCAAUGUUUGGGCUGCAGUUCAGCUUCAGUGCUGGGAGGUGUACCCGGGGGGCCUACAUGCAGCUCGUGAAAGUGGAAGAGAUGCUCAGGGAAGAGUUGGGCUUUGAUUUGGUGCUUGUUGUGGACACAGAAGGACUUCGGGACUCAGAGCUCAUUAACAAAGCACAGAAUGAGGAAAAUGAGUUGGCAACCUUUGUCAUUGGGCUCGGAAACUUAACUCUAAUCAAUAUUUUGGGGAAAGACCUAUCGGAAAUACAAGAUAUUCUGCAAAUAGCCAUUCAUGCCUUUCUCAGGAUGAAACUACUGAAUAUCUCCCCAAGGUGCCUGUUUGUUCAUCAGAACAUAGAAGAAAUUAUAGAUACAAACCACAGUAUGGAAAGACAAAAAUGGCUGCAAGAGAGGCUGGAUGAAAUGACACUUGCUGCAGCCAAACAUGAGCAGUGCUCAGAUGUGUCUCACUUCAGUGACAUCAUUAAGUUUGAUGUCAAGACCCACAUCCAUUACUUUGCUCACCUCUGGGAAGGUUCUCCUCCAAUGGCCCCUCCUAAUCCCUGCUAUAGCCGCAAUGUUCAGGAGCUGAAAAGCAGGAUUCUUAAGCAUGCCAAGGAAGAAUCCAGGGGAAGUAUUUUGAAGCUAUCAGAGCUUAAAGUCCGGAUAAGGGAUUUAUGGAAGGCCUUAGUGAAUGAGAAUUUCAUUUUCAGGUUCAAAAACACCCAGGAGGCCAUGGCUAUGAAUAAACUGGAGACCAUGCACAACAGCAGGACCUGGGAACUGAGAAGUCAUGUGCUGGACUUGCAGAAUCAGCUGACCAACCAGAUUCAGAAGGGAGAAGUUGAGGAAAUCAAGAGAAACUCAAUUGACAAUAGAGUUGCAGAAAAAUAUAAAACCAUUAAGCAAGAAUUUGAAAGGUCUUUUCGAGAAGACAGAGAUAGAGAUAUCUUGGCUCAGUGGAAAGGAAGAUUUGAAGAUGAUUUGAAGAAUCUUAAAGAGGAACUGAUAGUAGAAACUAUGAGAAAAUGUGAGGAUCUAAUUAUUGGAAAGAAAAUACAAGACCUUUUUAAGGAGCAAAAAGUAAAAUUUGAAAAAAUCAGAGAGAUAGCUGAGUCCCCCAGGGGGAAAGAGCUACAUGAUAAGGAGCUGCGAGAUUUGUUCAACGAGAUCUGGUCAGAGAACAUCUCCAUUCUAUUGCCUCCCACACUCCCAUCUGCUGAGGGGCCCAACAUCGAUAUUGAGUUAGAGAACAUUCUCCUAGAGCAUUUUAAACAGCAUCCCAAUAUUGUGAACAUAAUUAGGUAUCGUGAUACAAAGAAAACAUUUUCUAUCAAUUAUUCUAAACAUGUUAUCACCUCUCAAAAGUUCCAAGUAUAUGGACCCUCUGUAGAAGAGUUUGAAAAAGAUAUCAUAAACAAGACCACAGCUCAAAUUACAAAAUUGGUUAAGGAAAUCAUACACAAAAGAGAACACCAGAAUGAGGGUUACAGUUCUAGUUACUUCCAUGAAAUUUUGCAGGUGAUCCAUACUGAGGCUGAGGCUGCAUCUCAAGGAGUCAGAUUCAUACUGACAAAUAGAUACAAACUAGAACUUGCCUUAGAGCUAUUCCGAGAGGCAGCAAACAGUUUUAAAAAGAUGUGCAUUGCAUUCAAGAAAGCAAACAACCCCGUCCUGUUCCAAGAAAGUAAAAGAAAUGAAUUUUUUACAAAUUUUAAGUUGUCCUACAAAAACCACCAAAACACUGACUGACUUCCUUUGAUGCAAAGAGUUUCUGGUUCCUUAUGAAUUGGAAUAAAGACUUAAAAAGCUUGUCACUUCUUCACCUAGUUUUUCUCUUUCCCUGCUGCAUUGCUUUUUGUAAUGAGUAUUUUUUUUGUCAGUGAGGAAAUUAAAA